AUGGGGACUGAAAGGUCCCUUGCGACGCUUUUGCGAUCACUUCAGACUGCAACAUCUUCCCAAGAUGCGCUCAAUCUUCUGCCCUCAGCGCUGGGCCACUUAACCCUACUCACUAAUCCACUGAAUGUCACUCUUCUAUCAAGCCAGCUACUUUGCUCGGAAUCGCUAUGGGAGCUGGCUCCCCUUGAUUUGCACUCCUGCCGACGGAUGCUGAGCGUCUUCAAUACGGCGGCAAUCACGAUAGUUAAUUACGAAUCCGCUUAUGACCCGCACUCCCCUAACCUGCAACGUCGCGGACUUGAACGAGAAGCUUGGAUGAAGGCAGUGGUGAAUGGCGCUGACGAGAAAUCGCCGCGAUGGAGACAUCUCCUGCUGCUUGGUGGACUGUUGCUCGGAUUUGAAGGCCAAAAUCGACGGAGUUUACCAUAUACAUUGAAGAAAAAGCUUGAAGCGGCCCUAGUUACUGGGAUAAAACUAGCUCUGAAUGAGCUUCGCUCCAGUCCGACGAUUGCUGCGCAUACGAUCGUGCUCGUGCUUAAUUUCACUUUCGAGCUCUUAUCAGAUUGGGAACGUAGCAGGAUUGAUUACGACAUCUUGCUUCCUGUUUUAGCCGAUACUGCAUUUCUAUCAUCAGAGGGACUUGAAUCUGGCUACUUUCUGGGCUCGCUUGAUAGGGGCAUUGAGGAAAUUCCGGGCCAGGGCAAGUUUUGCUGGAAAGAGGACUCGCCUUCGUACCAUCAAGCGAAGGAUAUAUUAGCAAGACCCCUUGUGGCUUCAUUCGGCCCACUUUCUAGGCUCAUAGCGCAUGCUAUUGAGAACACCAGCAACCGUGGCCAGGUCAUACAAGUACUAGACACUCUCUUUGAACUAUCUAGAACGUUGAUGGUUCAGUGGCGCCAAAACAAGCUCUCCGAAAUCGACCAAUCCGAGGAAUCAGAAUUUCUCGAUGAGGCCUCACUGCAGACUACUGUUCCUACCCUUUGGAAGUUAUUAAAUAUACCCCUCUUUUCUUUUAUCAUUGUUCUACGGGCUAUCCUCGGAAGAGUGCUCAAUGAUGCCAUUCUUGCCUCUGAUAGAAGCAGCCCAUUUAUUGCCUCUAAGACGCUUAAAUCCCUUCGACAUCUUGCAUUUAUUACUGCAAGGGCUGGAUAUAGCAGCUCAUCACAAUAUGUCUUCGUCAAUCUAACAGCCAUUGAUAUCCUUGCCCAAUAUCCUGAUCUGUCAGAAGAUUUUUUGGAAGAGAUUCGGCCAUCAGACUCAUCGAAAAUACCCCCUCAUCCACUCGAUAGAUGCUUGGACCUUUUCUUUCUCAACACCGCGGAACAUUUCAGUUUGAUAGUAUCACCCGUGCUGAAUGAGCGACUUCUUCUAUUAGCAGCACAGCCUUAUCUAGCUGCUGGUGGGAAUAACCAUCUCCUAGAAAUUUUCGAAUCUGCUCACAGUGUAAUGCUUGCUGUCCUUGCGGCUCCGCAAAGUGCUAAUAUGGCCGCAAAACAUCUUCCCUCUUAUAUUGAUACCCUUUUUACCGUUUUCCCGAAAAACUUAUCAGCAAGACAAUUCCGCCUUGCGUUCAAAACCAUCCUUAAGAUAACCGCGCCUCCAUCACCUCUUGCCAACAGCCAACCAUAUUUACCCUCAGUUCUUCUCCAACUCCUAUACGAUAGAGCCGUUGAUGCGCCUACAACACCCCUACUACCUCCAGCAACUGAUUCAACCCCAGACCCAGCUCCCGAAGAUCUUUCAGAGCAAGGUGUACUUGCAAUGACUAUAAUAGACGGUCUUCCGUAUCUCCGAGUUGAACUACUUGAGGAUUGGUUAGAUCUAACUGUCGACUUAAUAAACCGGAUUCCCGAUCAAGAGAUAAGGAGAAAAUGUCAAGAGAAGUUCUGGGAUACGUUAAGCAACGGAGAUAUGGAUGUGGAACGAGCCAAUUUUUGCGUGACAUGGUGGAGCACGCGGUCAGGGAGCGAUAUGCUUCUCCGGAAAUCCGAAGAAGAAGAUGCCCAACUAUUUAGCAUGAGUGGUGGUGUGGUCGCUGAACCCAUACAGAGCAAAUUAUAG